GUAGUGGACGCCUACAAGCAGUACAUGGGAGAGACGGUCAAAAUCUUCGGCGGCACCAAAUUCGACUCUAGCCAAUUCGCGGAGAACACCUUUGCCUAUGAAAAACGCAUUGCAGAGAUUACCCCCGACAAGGCCGAGUACCUGACGCCGGCCAGUGUCUUCAAACGCCGUUUCUCCAUUCGCGAGCUAAAACUAAUCGCCCCAUCCAUCAAGUGGACCGACGUCCUGCAGCGCUUCUUCAGCAAGGCCCGCCUCAACGACAACACCCGCGUCCUGCUCGCCUUUGAGGGCUACUUCCGCAACGUCUCCAACGUAAUCUCCACCACGGACAGUCGCGGCCUCAAUGACUACCUCAUCUGGCGCAUGGUGAGCACCUAUGCGCCCUACCUCUCCAGGGACUUCCGCCUGGUGCAUCGAAACUUCCGCCAGACGCUGCUCGGAAUGCCCAGCUCGAUGCUACUGGACGACGCCCACCGGUGGCGCUUCUGCCUGGAGACGACCUCAAAGUUUAUGGGCUACGGACUCGCUUCGUUGUACAUCAACGGCCGAAUUGCGGACAUUUCCAAUGCCACCGUACAGGCGAAGAAUGACGUGGUCAACUCGAUUCGCGAGACCAUUCUUAAGCACUCUGGGAGCCUUUUUGACUGGUCAAGUGGGACUUCACAGGAAUCACCGGCAAAUGAAGAAGCUGCCCGCCUGGUGAAUAUGAAGCUGAAGGCGAUGGAGGUGCUGGUCGGCCAGCCGAACUUUGUCAUGAAGACCGACCGCCUGGUGGCCUACUACAACGAGUACAUGGUCCAGGUGAAGUUUCUGGAAAAUAUCUUCGAGGCGAUUGACCACCGGCACAAGAAGAUGGAAAUGCUGCUCAGCGAGAAGAACGUGGACACCAGCUGGCCGGUGUUGCCCUACGAGGUGGCCGUUCGGUACGACUAUGCGGCCAACAAACU